CCCGAUGAAGUCGCCGAGGGUGGGCUUGUUCUGAUCCUUCUCUGUCGCUUUGUCUCCCGCAGCUCCUGGAUCUCUUCAUGGUGUGGGACUGGUCGACUUACCUGGCCGAUUACGGGCAGCCCGGCUCCAAGUACCUGCGCGUCAACCCCAGCACAGCUUUGGCCCUCUUGGAGAAAGUCCACCGAGGGAUGAAAGACGUGAACAAAAAGAACCACCUUUUCGCCCAGUUCCGCAAGAACGACCGCGACAAACAGAAGCUGAUCGAGACGGUGGUGCGGCAGCUCCGGGGCUUGGCCAACUGCAUCGCCCAGCACCCGUGAGAAGCGGCCCCGCCCCGACCCACCUCACACCCCCACCCCCACCUCCACCCCGCCGCCCAGCCGGGCUCCCGCGAAGCUGGUUCCGGUGAAAGGGCCGCUGAUUUGACGGAGAACGAGAAGGAGGCCCUGGAAGGGACCGGCCGAAGGGAAAGGACGCCCUUCCCCUGCAUUGCAGUCUUCGGAAAGGAGGCCAGGCCUUGCCAAGGGGGAAGCGGGCCGCUGCCUUGUGGUUGUUUUUUUUGGCGAAGGCGAAACGUCCCUGCCGUGCUUCCUUGUAAACACGAUCUUCGGAGAAGACCUCAAGAUCCUCCCUCUUCUCUCCCCCCCUCCCCCCUCCCAGUCCCCCCCCCCAAAGGCCAUUUAGUGUUUUCUGCUCCAAGGUCCCCCACUUUUUAAUCCCACCACCAGCGAUUUUUCUCGACUCCGGACAUUUCCAACUUUGCUCCUCUGCUUCCCUACUUCCGCAUUAUGUUUGUAUGUUGUAAGCCUUAAGUAAUCCUGAGAUCAGAAUUUCUCCCCCCCCCUUUUUUUUUUCAGAUUGAGGGGUGGGGUGGGGAGCCAAAGUGCGAGGAGCUAUUUUGUAGUAGCCUUUAAACUACCUAACUCGAACUCAAGUCCCGAUGGUGUCGUAGCGAACGACUUUUUUGACUUUGGGGAGCAGCCUCCGGCUCCCUUCGAUUUUUAUCUCCGGGGGUCGGCCUUACGUUGGACGAGGGCCAUGGGAGGGGGCAGGAAAGGGGUGUUUUCCUGGGGUCCAGGUGCUCAGCUUCUUUGCUGGGAAGACAAGCGAAUGUAUCAUAAAGGGAAUGCCCCAUAACGAUGGGGCUUCAUAUAUAAAGAAGGUCCACUUUCGGCCCAUCCCUCGCCGAUGAUUAAAUUAUUUGAUGGCCCUG